CAUUAUCACAGAGAUUUUUAAAAGUCUGAUAAUAACGAUAAUAAUAACCAUAAUAACCUAGUAUUUUAAAGAAAAUAGUUUAUUUAAUUGUUUUUAUAUUAAUAAUAAUAAUAAUAUAGACGAAUAUGAGGAUAUCAUUUGGUCAUACUCUGUUUUUGAUCCAAAAACAUAUAGUUUCUAAUGUAGAAUCUGUUUUCUUUAAACGAAAUUAUGCCGCUCAUAACCUUUCGUUAGGUAAGAAAGGAAAACUGGGGAAAAAAGUAGGACCUACGUCUACAAAAAGAUUAUUGCCAGUCGAGACCGACGUUAAUAAAUUGCUUACUUUUGUUUGUGGAAGUAAUAUUUAUAAGGAAGGUAAAGACGUUGAAAUUAAACCUGAUUCAGAAUAUCCAAAUUGGCUUUGGGACAUUCGCACAGGCCCACUACCGCCUCUUGAGGAAAUGGAUAAAAAUACCAAAGCCUAUUGGAGAAGGUUGAGAAGAAUGGGAAUGCAAAGGCAUAAUAAACUGGCUAAAUUAAGAAGGUUUUAAAAAAUCACUAAAGAAUUAUUAAAUAUUCAUCUUGAGUUUAUCCGACUUCUUAGUUUCUUUAUAUAUCUGUAUAAGAUAUUCAACAAACUACAUCAAGAGAUAAGUUUUUGCAAAUGUAGGUAUUUUAUCGAAUGUAACCAUUUUCAUUCAAAACAUCUCACUGUAUAACUUUUCAUUAUAUUAAAUUUAAAUAUUAAUGUUUAAA